GACUUCGAGAUCUCAUCAAACAUCAGAAAUCAUGGCAAAUGCAGAGUCACCGGAUCCUUCAAAGGAUCUUGUUCCGGUCAACAACGCUGAUGAAGAAGUCGAUCCCCUAGCGCCAGCUCCAGAACCCAAACUUCCCGUUCGGAAAGACGCGUCUUUGAAAGAGUUUCUUGCGAAGAUGGAUGAUUAUGCGCCUAUCAUCCCGGAUGCUGUAACCAACUAUUACCUCACAAAAGCUGGGCUUCCUCCUCCACCUCAGACGGAUCCACGACUUGCCCGCCUCCUUGCGCUCGCGACCCAGAAAUUCAUUGCAGAUAUAGCUGCCGAUGCAUACCAAUACUCUCGCAUCCGAUCAUCGAAUUCGUCCAACGCAAAUAAUCCCAUGGGCAACUUGGGAGCUGCUGCAGGUUUCCCGGUCCCAGGACAACCGUCAGCUGCUCCAGGUAGCAAAGAACAGCCCGGCCGCGGUGGGCCACUUGGCAUCCAACGACCAGGUUAUGGAGGUGGUGGACAAGGAGGUAGCCAAAACAGGACAGUACUAACGAUGGAGGAUCUGGGAAUGGCAGUCGGAGAAUAUGGCGUGAAUGUAAAAAGGGGAGAGUUCUAUCGAUAAAAGAAUUGGCAUUUGGCAUCAAGGGAUACAGUCUGAAUUGUCUGCAUGGGAUGGGAUCAUGGCGUUCUAUUUUUGCGGCGUCAAUUGACUUGGGAAGUGGGAUGUCUGCAUUGUCAUAGAGAGUGCCAGAACUCGAAAUACGACCAAGUUCGUACAAAAAAUACUCGGAGGAAAAAAAGUAACUUUGUCUCUUUUCACAUCUGGACAAGGAAUUGGUGCUGUUCCAUUUCCAAGUUUCGCCAUGUUACCUGUUCCUUCGUUCAGGACAUUUUCGAUGGUAGGACUCCAACGCGUUUUAUGCAGUUGGUAUUGCUCGCAGCAGAUUUCAACAUCUAGCAAAAAGAUUGAAACAAGCAUCAGCUCCCAUGUUCCAUAUCUACAAGCCGAUAGAAUACACUCGAAUGCUCGCUCCCUGAACGCCGUUCCCAGU